AUGGCUUUUGACGACGACGAUAACCCCACCGUCGCUACGCCGGUGAACGGCGCGAAUGCCGCUGCUACGGAAGACGCCGACGAAGAUGCGCCCGACUACAAGCUAUUCCUCUCCAUGUUUGACAAGGCCGGCGUCUCGGGAAAGGCGAUCCGAAAGGGCGAAAAGGAUUUUGAGUCGCAUGGAACUCGCGCGCAGGACAACCUCCUCGAGCAGAGCCGCAAGGUCAUGGACAACGUGCUGGGCUACACGAGGAUACAUCGCGAGGAUGCCUGGGUGCGCGGCUGGUGCUUCCCAGACUGGUGGGCCGAGACUGAGCACUCUGGCGAGCGCGAGGGUCUCUGGCUAAGGGACAGAGUCGUCAUGGUCGAGCAGGAGCGCGGCAGCUGGCAGAAGGAUAUUGGGCGCGCGGUGCCCGGCAAGGUUGAGCGUCUUGGUGCGGGACGGCUUUGGCUUCUGCCUGAAGAAGCUCUCUACUUGGUUGAGAGAGGGACCGUGGACCUCUGGUGGCCGGAGCGACAAUUGGAGGAGCUUCUGUCGAGUGACGGAACCCCAAGGACGGAUCUAGGACCAGACAACUACGAUGUUGGACUCCCGCUGAGUCUCGAGGCGGCAUAUUCACUCCUCAUCGGACAUGAAGGCGAGAGGGGCAAGAUCACAUUGCCUCAGUUCCAGGUCUUUUCGCAUCUAAAGCGAGCAGGCUUCUACGUCCUACGAGCGCCGCCUUACGAGGCACCACCUCAGGCCCCAGCGUCAAAGACCCUCUGGCAGUGGCUGUUUUCAUUCUUUAGCUCGGGCGCCGCACCCUCAAGGCAGAAGCCAUUGGGGCCUCUUGUUCAGCCAGGCCUCUACCGUGCCUAUAGACCCAUCUACGAUCAACUCGCCAUCCUUCCCCGUCAUAAGCCGCUGCCUACACCUCCCACAAUACACCCGCCGCAGGAGCCAUACCGGGUCUUCUGGCACGUGUGGAAGUCUGGCGGCGCACCUUUCUCCAAGAAGAACCCACCGCCGCCCGACUUCCGCAUCGCCGUGGUCGACGCCGGUGACACAUUCGUGCCGACCCUGGAGGAGAUUGAGGCCCUCCUGGAAUCGACGCCUCACGACCCGCCCAACGAGGCGUGGAAGGGCCCUGGGCGGAUGUAUCAGCGCCUGAAGCACGGACACCGCAACGUGCUGGUGGCGAUUGUGGACCGCGGCCUCGUCAACUUUAUGAGGUUCGGCGAGGGGGCAUUUGGGGAGGAGAGGCUGUUUGAGAGGUUCGACAACAAGGGCGGACAGAGGGGCGGCAAGAAGACGAGCCGCGGCGGAGGGAGGGGCAGAGGCAGGGGUAGGGGUGGUGGUCGCGGACGAGGACGGGGACGGGGGGGCUAA